AGAGUGGUCCAUGCGUAAAUGCAGAAAGCAGUAGUUUAAAAAAAAAAAAAUCAUCGAACAUUAAUCAUGAUUAACAGUAUUAUGCAGAUAAAUUAGAUAUUUCUUUGUUUUAAAAUUGCUGUACUUUAGAAUAUAUAUAUGUCAUGGAUCUGAUAAAGUUAAAGAGACAUGUUUUUAGUGUCAUCCUCACUGCAAAACAGAAAUAUUCGUGUAUUCCAAGAAACUGCACAACUAGGACUCGAAAUGCUUUCUAUUGUACAAAUGCAGAACAAAGCUAUUCGAAGCCCUGUUACCAAACUAGUCAUUAUUUUAAUUUGACAGUUGGACCAGCAUGGUGUUUUGCUAUGUCAGCGAGGAGAUGUUUAAAAACAUUACACCUGAGGUUAAAUUGUAGUCAUAGCGCUCAGUAUUUUUCCACCAGUUGUUGUAAAUUAAAACAUAAAAAGGGUAGUUUCUACCUGUCAAAGGGGUCUGAAAGUGAAGAAGACGACGGAGAAGAGGGGGAUGGUGCAAUAGCAGAUACAGAGGUAGAGGAGCUGUUCCAGCAGGAAAUGCCCCUUGAAGUCAGUGAAGAAGGUCACCAAGUCUUUAUAGUCCACCCUGAUGUCAAAUGGGGAGCAAAAAAACAGCACCUUACUACAGCGGAACUACAGAUGGCUGAAGCUGUUGGGCUUAUAAACACUCUGCAGAACUGGACAGUUGUGGAGAAGCUCAUUCUUUCAACAAAAACUCCUGAUAAUAAGCGAAUAUUUGGAAAGGGAAACUUCCAGACUUUGACAGAGAAGAUCAGAAGUUUGCCUCAGAUUACUGCUGUCUUCAUGAAUGUAGAGAGAGUGUCUCCAUUAACAGAGAAAGAACUGAAAGAAGCGUGGGGAGUGAAGGUGUUUGACAGAUACACAGUCGUCCUUCACAUCUUCCGAUGCAAUGCUCGAACCAAAGAGGCCAAACUUCAGAUUGCUCUGGCUGAGAUUCCACUGCUCAGGUCACGUUUGAGAAAUGAGUUGGCUAACUUAGAUCAACAAGGCGGGGGAUCCCGGUACAUCAUGGGCUCAGGUGAGACAUUUAUGGAGGUCCAGCAGCGGCUGUUAAAGGAGCGGGAACUGAAGAUCAGAGCUGCCCUGGAGAAGCUGAAAAAGAAGCGACACCUGCUUCGAUCCCAGCGCAAACAGAGAGAGUUCCCUGUCAUCUCAGUUAUGGGCUACACCAACUGUGGAAAGACAACCCUUAUAAAGUCUCUGACAGGUGACGCGGGACUACAGCCUCGAGAUCAGCUCUUUGCCACUCUGGAUGUCACUGUCCAUGCUGGUCUGCUGCCAAGUCACAUGCCAGUCCUCUUUGUUGACACCAUUGGAUUUCUCUCCCAGCUUCCUCAUCAACUCAUCGACUCUUUCUCAGCUACCCUAGAGGAUGUGGCACAUUCUGACUUGAUCAUUCAUGUCCGAGACAUCAGUCAUCCUGAAACACUGAAUCAAAAAGUGAAUGUUUUAAACGUUCUCAAGAAACUUCAGCUACCAACCCAUCUACUAGAUUCGGUCAUUGAAGUUCAUAAUAAGAUUGAUCUGAUUGAUGGCUAUCAGACUACUGAACCAAACACUCUGGCAAUCUCUGCUCUUCAGGGAAAAGGUCUUCAGAAUUUAAAAAGUAUCAUUGAAGAAGCAAUUCUGAAAAUUACGGGGAAGCAAAUUAUGACGAUUAAAGUGAAUCUGACUGGAUCCCAACUGAGCUGGUUGUACAAAGAGGCCACUGUGCAGGAGGUAAUUGUUUUGCCAGAAGAAGGUUCAGCAAACGUCAAUGUCAUUAUUAGCAAUUCUGCAUAUGGACGAUACCGGAAGCUCUUCCGGGUUUAACAGACUGUUGCUCUGAAGAAACUGAAUUGUCUGGAAAUUUGUCAGAUAACCUUCUCUGGAAUCCAGAUUGCCAUACACAAGCUUGAUGAUUUCUGACUCUCUACUAACAUGUGGUGCUGAAAAGCAAUAUUAUUCACUGCAUGUUAUGCACAUCCAUAAAGACAACUCAGUAUCGCUUGAGUACACGCUUAGCACCUAAAGCUGAAGAACUUUUUGAAGUCUCAAGCAUCACAAAAAAGGAUGGAAUCACACAUAAAAGCAUGCACAAUCAAUCAAUAUUGAAUGUGUUCAUUGCAUUUUGAAAUAAUUGCAUAAUGAUUGUAUAUUUGCAGCUCUUGAGAUUGAAUUUCAAAGAAUUACUGCUGUAAACGUGUUCCUUAAGAGUGUAGGUACACAUGGACUCAAAAUGUUUCAAUAUCCUUCACGUACUCAUCUAAUAAUAAUAAUAAUAAUAAUAAUGAAUUAUCUUUACAACAAACCUUGAUAGGUGGACUGGUUAUAACCAUUUAAGUGACAGAUCAGAAAGUGGUAUUAUCAAGUAUUUUAGGAGUAGUGGUUGUUCUAAAAUUACCAAUGCUGGGACUAAACAUUGCCUGCCACAGUGUUUGGAAGAAAAGGGAAUUGGUUAAAUUGGAUGUGAACAUUUUGUGUACAUAUGAUGUAGUACCAUAUGUGUACAAUAUAUUUGACUAUGUAACCCAGGUAAGAUUCUGUUAACAACUAAUAAAACACACCUGCCAAUAUAUAAAUCCAGUUGGAU